AUGGAGCUGCGAUUUUGGCAUUUCCCGCAGCCCAUAGGAGACCCCUUCUCCACGGGGCAGAACUUUCGAAAGGAGAAGGUGUUUGCCUUGUCCGCAGCCCAGAGGAGACCCCUUCUCCACGGGGGAGAACUUUCGAAAGGAGAAGGUGUUUGCCUUGGCAGCGCUUCGCUCCGCAGCCUGACCUUUCACUCACACGGCCGGGGCGGGGGUCCCCGUGCCCCCCCUCCCCCCCCGGGGGACGGGCACCCGGUGUACGGCUACUCGGCGCUGGGCGGGCAGCACCCCGCGCUCUCCUACCCCUACUCGCAGGUGCAGGGAGCGCACCCCUCCCACCACCCCGCCGCCGACCCCAUCAAGCUCAGCGCCGGCACCUUCCAGCUGGACCAGUGGCUGCGGGCCUCCACCGCGGGCAUGAUCCUGCCCAAGAUGCCCGACUUUAACUCCCAGGCGCAGUCCAACCUCCUGGGCAAGUGCCGCCGGCCCCGCACGGCCUUCACCAGCCAGCAGCUGCUGGAGCUGGAGCACCAGUUCAAGCUCAACAAGUACCUCUCGCGGCCCAAGCGCUUCGAGGUGGCCACGUCGCUGAUGCUGACCGAGACGCAGGUGAAGAUCUGGUUCCAGAACCGGCGCAUGAAGUGGAAGCGCAGCAAGAAGGCGAAGGAGCAGGCGGCGCAGGAGGCCGAGAAGCAGAAGGGGGGCGGCGGCGAGGACAAGGGGGAUGAGGACCUGCUGCUGCCCGCUCCAGAGAAGAGCGCCGGCAGGAGGAUGCGGGAGCUGCCCGACAGCGAACCUGAGGACGAGGAAGAGGAGGAGGAGGAAGAGGAGGCGGCGGCAGCGGCCGGGAGAUGCUGCCCGUACCACUCCUCCGACUGUUCCGAGGCGGACGAGGAGGACACGCAGCCCCGGGGCCGGCACGGAGCCCCGGCGCAGCCCCAGUGAGCUCCCCGCACGCCUCGGUCCCGCCGCUCCUGGCUGGCACCGGUCCCGCUCCCCCUUGUUCUGAUUUCUCCUUGCUUGGAGAGGGAUGGAGAAGAGGAUCCUCCGCAUGCCGGGCGGGGAAAGAGGAUUUAUCGCGAAUACAGUGUUAUUAUUGACUGAAAACCAGACAAAACUUGAGCUCCCCCACCUCCCAUCCCUGCCCUCUGGAAGCGCGUUCCUUUUGUUGAGUAUUGGAAAUGUUUUGUUCUUACUAUAUAUCGGGAAAUCUGUUUAUGUCAUGAACGUUAAAACUGCUGGAAAUCUCAAUACUGUCUUUAUUUUUGUAUAUUGUAUUUAUAAAAAGAAAAAUUACCUCUACUUAU